AUGUCCGUGUAUCUUAUUGUUUUACAGGUGUGCCUUCUGGCAGUGGCCUGCCUGGCCCUGCUGUGUGGCUGUGAGGCCUCCUACCCUCUGGCCGUCUCACACGGACACGGGUACUACCCUCACAGCUACAAGUACCCUGGACACGGGUACUACCCGUACAGCUACAAGUACCCUGGCUACGGGUACAACACUGGUAAACAUGGCUAUGGUUCCUAUGGUUACGCUGGCCAUGGAUACCCUGUUCGUGGCUAUAAUAGCCACUACAGUUACCCAGCUCACGGCUAUGGUAGUCACUACAGUUACCCCGUGUACAGCCAUCAAGGAUAUGGAUAUGGCUACAACCACGGAUGCCGACUCAAAGGUCCAUUAGUGGGGCGAGCCUUUGCGUGGUGCGUCAGUGCACUCUGCCGCGACCCGUUACUAAACAUCAACGACUAA